UGCACCAUCACGGUAUCACCAUCAUCGGGAUCUAUCUUAGGUGCACAAUCGAGAGAGCUUCCCAUACGCGCCUGGUUAUCACUCCUGGUGUAGGACACCAAUUUCUUCUUCUAUUUUGUUCCCGCUGUAUUACUAUCGUGUUACUUACCAGGCAUCGUUUGGGCUUCGUGUCUUAGCACCUUUGCCCCUUUUGAUUGAUGGGUUCCGGUCUGAACCGGGAACCAUCAGACCCCGACCGCAGUUUCUGCAAAGCGAGCCGUCACGUAGCCGCGGACCAGAUAGGUUAAUCCUUCCAUUUUUCUUCCACGGGAUCCCGCAGGAACCCCACCAAAAUGCCGCGGCCCGCCACAACAGGUUACGAGCGCCUUGCGCAGGCCGAUCUCAGCGACGAUUCGGACGACGAAGUUCUUGCCGCCAGCUAUGCCUCACUACAGCCUCCGGCCGCCCCACGCUAUACUCCCAUCAGCCAACCCCGCCCGCACUCUGGGAUGACCACCCCGAAGCGGUCGUCACAAUCCGUUGCUGCCCUCCGAGACGCUUCCCGGUCCGGCGGUCGCCCCCGCCGCCGCGACCGUAGGAAUUCCGGUGUCGACCUCAAGGCCAUAAAUGCCCGGCUCGAGCGCUGGGCCGACGAGAUUGCCUCCAAGUUCAAGCGCACGCGCCACAAGAAGAAGGGCGAGGAGGAACGUCUCGAGAUCCACCACUCUGUCUUCCAACCACCAGAAGGCGUCCGGCCCGUGACGGCAGAGAUGCUCGCUGUGCCCGAGCCAGGUUAUAUGUCCAAGGCCGAGUUUGAGGCCAUCGUGGACAGCGUGAGGGAGGCCAUACGACAAGGGGUACAUCCGCGGAUGAUCUCGCAAGGGAGCUCUGGCAGCUACUUUGCUAGGAACCAGGAGGGGAAAGUGGUGGGUGUGUUCAAGCCCAAGGACGAGGAGCCGUAUGCUGCGGGAAACCCAAAGUGGAACAAGUGGAUUCACCGGAAUCUGUUCCCCUGCUUCUUUGGCAGGGCCUGCCUCAUCCCCAACCUGUCCUACGUCAGCGAAGCCGCGGCCUACGUUCUCGACGCCCAACUGCGCACACAUUUGGUUCCGUAUACUGACGUAGUCUACCUCUCGUCCAAGGCGUUCCAUUACCCGUUCUGGGAUCGCUACAACUUCUCGAGGAAAAGGAAGGCGCUGCCUGCGAAACCGGGCAGCUUCCAGGUCUUUUUGAAGGGCUUCAAGGACGCUAAUGUCUUCCUACGCGAACAUCCCUGGCCGGACCAGUAUCUCUCGGGCUUCCGGACGACAGAUCCGCACAGGAAACGGAAGCGGAGAUGGGCAGACAGCUGUCGUCCGACGAGCGCGCCUCACCACGAUGCAGAUAGCGACGAUGAGCACGAUAGCCCACAAUCCCAGACUCCGGGUCCCGGAAAUUUCGUCUGGACCCCCACGCUGAAGCAGUCUUUCCGAGAGGAGCUGGAAAAGCUUGUUAUUUUGGACUACAUCAUGCGGAAUACGGAUAGAGGGCUAGACAAUUGGAUGAUCAAGGUCGACUGGGAAACCGAGCAGGUCUCGGUGGCAUCUGAGCCGGUCGGACUCAACAUGGACACGUCGGAUCCAGAACCCGGACCGAGGCCAGUGGAUCUAUCACAGAGAGGGCCACCCAAGACCCGAGCUUCCUAUCCUUACAGGAGGGAAAGACCCAUGGACGCAUCAACGCCCGUCUCGAGCGCGCCAGAUCCCAAGAUUUCGAUAGGAGCCAUUGACAACUCGUUGUCGUGGCCCUGGAAGCACCCUGAUGCUUGGAGGAGUUUUCCCUUUGGCUGGCUCUUCCUCCCCGUCGAUCUCAUCGGCAGGCCCUUCUCGCAGAAAACCCGCGACCACUUCCUCCCGCUGCUCACAUCGACCCAAUGGUGGAGCCAAACCCAGCUUGCGCUGCGAAGGGUCUUCCAGAUGGACCAGGACUUCCAAGAGCGCAUGUUCGCCCGCCAAAUAGCCGUUAUGAAGGGCCAAGCGUGGAACGUAGUCGAAACGCUCAAGACUCCCGACCACGGCCCGCUCGAGCUGACGCGGCGGCCUAAGGUAUGCGUCUGGGACGACCUCGUCGAUGUCCCCGUGGCCGUGCCCAUGCGAGCUGCGAGCGCCGAAAUGCGCCGUCGCGCCAACGCUGAGUCGAACUCGGCCGCUUCGGCUACUGCUGCCACGAAGGCAAGCAGCGACGUCAUAACCGAGGAAGAGAUGGACAUUGGCGCGUCCAGCGCCCCAGCCACGACUGGUGCCGGUGCCGUUGUCGACCUACUCGGCAUCGCCAGCCCGCCAGCCGACCUCCCGAACCCGGGCCGCUUCGAGCUAGCCCUGGCAGAUGACCUCCCUUCUCCGAGCCCGCUCAGCAAUGGCAACGGGGACCCACUAUCCGACCACAAUAACACCUCUUCCUCCCGCCCGCACAUCGCCCGCGCCCCACACACCCACCCCCGCGCAUUGAACGUGUACUCUCCCGACCGCGGGCAGCAGGGCGGCGGAGACUACCAGGAGACCCGCUUCUCUUUCACCACGCCGGCCUCGCGACGCGAGAGCAACUCCAUCGCCGCACAGCUGUACGGCGGCGGCGGCGCCAGCAGGCGCACGAGCUAUGACUUUGGUGGCCACGCGUACGAUGACGGCGACGGGAUGCAAGAGGGGCAUGAAGAUCAGGACGGGGAGCUUGAGGGCGGAGAUCUAGGCUAUGCCGCGGCAACGGGCAUGGAGGGGAACAGGAGGAAGGUGAUUGUGGAGCGGUUGGAGAUGGUGAAGGGGCGGAAUCCUGUUUUCACGUGGUGUUGAUCUUUCAACUUGACUUCCUUUUCUACGGACGGGGAAAAGGAGAUCCUGGACGGCUAAAAGGUAAGGUAAAGGACGGGCGUUCGUUUGGAUCUGUGAACGGGGAGGAGGUCUGCGGGCCGGAUAUAUAAAUGGGUAUUACUGUCUUAUUUUGGGGCUUCUGUAUUUUCUUUCUAAUCUCGAUCGUUUCGCUUUCUUUUCCUCACUGUGGCAGCCAUAUGCUCACCUCACGGCAUUGGACCUUCCUGGUUCCCUUUCCAUGUGGUCCCCUGCACACCGUCUCCCAAUCCAACAAUUUCUACCCCAUCAUCUUUUAUAUUAUAGAACGGGAUUGGAAAAGGCAGCUAAAAAAAGGCUGGGAACGCAAAAGGUAGCUGUCAACAACAUCACAUGUGAAUGAAAGGCCAGGGCGUCCAGGACGGAAAAGACGCAAUGCGCAAAAGGAAGCAAGAAAGAAGAUAGCACAAUACGUAGAAAAAGAGAUCGAAA